GAGAGAGAGAGAGAGAGAGAGAGAGAGAGAGAGAGACAAGCGGAGGUGGACACUCUCGCGACCGCGGCGCGGCGCGUCCCAGCGCACACACACACACACACACACACACAUCUGUGAUCUCAAUCGUGAAUAUAGAAAGUUUCAUGUCAAGCUUGCUAUCGCGCCGAUAUUCGUCGCGACACGCGCGGGUGGUCUCGCAGUGUGACGUAAAACUGUUCCGAGGGACAAGAUAUGUAUUGACACUUGAAGAGACACUGUCGGCGUCUUUCUUAUUGCUGUAUCUGACUCUCGGCUAAUAAGUGUCAGCUCGCGGGCGCGGGCACACAGAUACAUACAUAUAUACACACACACAACACACACACACACACACACACACACACACACGGCGCAUACACAUCGACGGUAUCGACAGCGCGAAUUUGUGAGGAUUCAAGAGCUACGUGACAUGUCACGAAUGGCUGCGACUUCCGAGGCUCAGGAAAACUAUUGAGGGGCCCCGCAAGGGAAUGGAUUUUCAGAGCGCGAUGGACACUUUCGUAGAGGCAUGGGUGGCUGCUAAGACGGACCAAGUGCAGAGCCAAGCUUUGGCGUUGACACACAAGGCCUCGCCACCAUCCAGACCCAGCAGCGUGUCCUCGUUACCGAGGAGUCCUCAGUCUCAUCAGUCCCAGCAGUCUCAGCCGCAGAGCACACCUCAGCCCACGCUGGUGCACCCGUUGCAGUCGCAGACACCUCUGAGCGCGCCUCAGACACCGUUCUCUGCGCACAAUCAGCACCCGAAGCAAGAAAUCAACGCCAGCCCCAAGCAGGAGGGCUUUGAUCUCAGCAAAACCGCCUCCAGCACCGCGAAAAAUCUGCCGGUGCAUUGUGUGGUGGAGACGAUUCACAAUAUUGUGGAAAGCCAAGUGAGCAACAGUCGCGAAAAAUGGCGAAGUCCUCAGGUGGAGACGGACUCUUACGUUAUCAUUCCGGUGGCUAUGCCCUUCCAGGACCUGGUGGGCGAAGCGCUGGUUCGUUUAGGCUAUUCCAGCGACCUGAUACCGAGCGCCAGGGGGAGCAUCGUCAUACGGAACUGGAAACCCUUGCCGAUGGAAAAGGUCGCCGAUGGGCCGCUACUGACGGUGGGAGACAUCCUGGCCGAGCUGACGUCGGUGGCGACCCUGAAAAUUCAGGUGUACAGAUCCAGGCCACCACCCCCGAGUCCAGCCGCUGAAGUUAGAAAUAAAUUGCUGAGGCUGCUGCUGUUGCACAGCCACACGCUGCUCGUCUCCGCAGGAUGCCCCUUGGACGAGAUGACCCUGCUGUCCCUCUGCCGGGGCGGCAAUGACCUCUCGGAGGAGACGAAGAGGAACUUUGAGACGUGGUUGCAGCAGCAACAGAUAGGUCUCGGUAUAAACCCGAUAGCACCGACUACCAAUCACCACCAUCACCAUACGCAAAGCCCGCAGCCCGACAGCGGCGGCUCGAUCACGCCCGGUAGCGGCCCGAUCGGGCCGCCGCACCCGGCGCUCCUCCAGUAUUCGCACAAGACCCGGAUGAGGACCAGCUUCGACUCGGAACUCGAGCUGCCGCGUCUGCAGCGCUGGUUCGCCGAGAAUCAGCACCCGUCGCGCGAGCAGAUCCAGCACUAUGUCGCGGAAUUGAACUCACUGGACUCGCGCCGGGGCAGAAAGCCGUUGGACGCGAACAACGUCGUGUACUGGUUUAAGAACGCGAGGGCGGCGCAGAAGAGAGCCAGCAUGAACGGCUGCAGCCCGCCUGGACUCAGCCCGAGAGGUGCCAGCAUCGUCAGCGAGGAUUGCACUGACGAGGAGGACGACAUCAGGCAGCAGUCGACGUCGGGGUCACCCUGCCCUCCGAGCAGUCCGCCCGUCGGCCCGCUGUCCUUGACCACGAGACCGGAGGACCAACAGCCGCCGUCUUCGACGCCCUCGUCGGUGAAGCAGGAGGACGCGAGGGUGUCCUCCGGCUCGGAGGAUGACGAGGCGAGACACACGGGCCCCAUUCCGCCGGGAUUCUCGCUGGUGCCCAGCCCCAUGUUCGGCCACGGCAUAAUGUACAUGUCGCAUUACCUGCCGCCGCGCGGGCCAGCCGGCUGUCCCACCAGCAUGCUGGCCGACGAGAGGAGGAAGAGGAACCGGACGUUCAUCGAUCCCGUGACGGAAGUGCCGAGACUGGAGUAUUGGUUCAAGCGCAGCACUCACCCGAGCCACGCGCUCAUUCUGUCGUACACGGAGGAGCUGAACAAGAUGCCCUAUCGUCAGAAGUUCCCGCGUCUGGAGCCGAAGAACGUGCAAUUCUGGUUCAAGAACCGCAGGGCCAAGAACAAACGGCUGAAGAUGGCUUUGUUUGAGGGCGAGUCACCGCAGCAGCAUCCAUAUCACGCGGACUAGUUGAUUUCGUUAAGUAACGUCCGCUAGAGACGAGAAGAGCGAAGCGCGGCGAGCGGACAAGCGCGCGUCGGACGAAAUAAAGGGAAAAUCGUUAACCAAUCUGUUACUCCUUACGUUGAUACGCGGCUUUAACGUUUUAACGGGCCGCACAUUCAUUGUAAUUAUCACGUAAUAAUUAAUAUAAUUAUUAUGGACUUUCAUGAGUGUAAAUACGAGAUGAUGUCGAAUAAAAGCUAUACACACGUCA